AUGGACCACGCUGCAGCGACCCUCCUGGCGUUCCCGCCUGAGGAUGGCCCGACUUCCAACGAGCAGUAUGACAAGACGAUUCAUCAAUACCUCAAGAGAGUCAACAGGCUGUUCGAGGAGAAGACAUCAGUGGUAGCCACACAUGCUGUGCAACUCCUAGAGCUCCUGACCCCCGCGACACACUCGGUCGCAUAUCUCGUCAUUCUUGACGUCCUAAUAAACCAGACCGGCCAGGCUGGCCUUCCUUCCGAUGAGCUCGUCGAUCAUAUCCUACGAUUCCUUCUCACAUUCGAUCCUCGACAAAUUCGAUACUGUGGAUCGUCGUUUUCCACUCUACUAAAUCGUGUAGGCAACGGCUUGGUUUUUCCGCACUCCAUUGCCGUCGAUGUCCUUGCGAAGGCGCUCCUGAGGCUUGAUCCGACCGGCAGUAUUCUGACCUCUCACCAUAUAGCCCUGACGAAGCUAGCCUACCAAACAGACAACAUCGAGCCGGCUUUCAAAGUUAUUGAGAAGAGCAUUGUCUACUAUCCGGGCAUGUCCAAGAAGCAAGAGCCGAAAUACCUAUCCGACAUGACUCUACCUCCACCUUCAUACAUAUCCAAGGAGACCGGGCUCACCACCAACUUGCAAGUCACACAGGUCCUUGAAUAUGACCUACUCUGUGGCAUGAUGUACUGCUCUGCGAAACAGUGGGAAAAGGCAUCCGCCGCGUUUGAGCGAGUCCUCUCCUACCCUACCAGAGACCAGGGCGUGAGCAAGAUCAUGGUUGAAGCGCACAACAAGUGGAUUCUCGUCAAUCUUCUACUGAGCGGGCGGACACCGAGUCUUCCAGCUUAUACGUCCCCGGCAGCUCGGAGACACUACGAGACUCUAGGUAAACCCUACACGAUGAUUGGAUCACACUUCGAUUCACUCGAUGCUGCAGCGCUCAAGAUCGAGGCGGAGCAGAACCUGCAACGAUGGCAGGACGAUGGCAACUUCGGGCUGAUGCGUGAGGUCCUGGCUGCACAUCAGCAGUGGCAGAUCAUUAAUCUGCGAGAUGUGUACUCCAAGAUCUCCAUCUCAGAUAUCCGGGCCAGGACACGGAGCGCUGAGACGGGCGAGUCUCUUGAGAUCGAUGAGGAGGUAGAGGUCCUCAUCAACAACAUGAUAGCGUCGGGCAUGUUAGAGGGCACCAUCGAGAAGCCCGGCGGCUCGCCCGCUUAUCUGAAGUUCUUGCAGAGUUCAAACGAGCUCACCGAGGACGAGUUCUCGGCCGAACUUCUCGUCACAGCGCAGAAGAUCAAGGAUCUCCAGCCCGUCCUGAAGGCCACCAAUGAGCGCCUCAGCACGAGUAAGGAGUACGUCCGCCACCUCAUCAAGGAGCAGAAGCGAGAGAAGGAGAAUGCCGGUCGUGAUGCGGCAAUAGGAUUCGACGCCCAGAUCGAGGACGAGGACCUUAUGGGAGGUCUGCUUCCCGGCCAGUAG